AUGUUUAUCGGAGGGACCGAUGUUCCCCAGGGGUCCGAGAUCAAACGGAUAAAGGUUUCUGCGGCGAUGCAAGGGCAAGUCCGGGGCCGGGCAUCUGAGGACAUCCUCGCGUUCAGUGAAGAAGAUUUCGAGACUCUGUCUCAUCCACACAACAAAGCGCUGGUAAUCUCGUUUCUCUUAAAUAACAUCCAAAUUAAAGGUGUACUCGUGGAUCUAGGUAGCUCGGCCAACGUAAUUAGAUCGACGGUGGUAGAACAGCUCGGACUGCUCGAUCAGGUCAUACCUACAUCCCGAAUUCUCAAUGGUUUCAAUAUGGCCGACGAGGCAACAGAAGGAGAGAUUACCCUCCAUGUUAACAUAUCCGAUGCAGUUAAAGAUACCAGGUUCCACAUUAUUAAAGGUGAUAUAAAGUACAAUGCCUUGCUCGGUAGACCGUGGAUACAUAACAUGAAUGCGGUACCAUCAACCCUACAUCAGAUGAUGAAGUUUCUGACAAAGGAUGGAAUAAAGAUGGUGUAUGGAGAGCAACACGUGGCGAAGUAA